UUUGAUUUGAAUUUGUAGGCUAUCAAUUUGUUUAGCUCAAACUGUAGGCUAUUAGGCUACUGUUUAGUGUAAAAGUCUAAUUUGUGGACAGUUCGUAGAACUAGCAGGCAACUGGUGUUGACGGGGUUGCAAGAUCAUAAAAACUAUGAUGGCUAAUGGCUGAUAUCAAAAGAGAUACCUGAGAAGAUUAAAUGUGAGUCAAAUGUCUUCAAAUGUGACACUGCUAGCAUGUUUGUGUUAAAACCACAAACAUAUUAAAAAUCAUGGAUGGUGAUUACUAGAUCUUAACCCCAUAACUUGCAUAUAGAGAUUCUCACAUCAUGACCAACGUGCUUCCAGCAGAAGAUAACAUAAGUUUAAUCUUUUUCCCCGAGAACUGUCCCAACUGCACUGCGAUACCUGCGUUUGACAUAGACAUUACAAAGACACUGGCUCUAGGUCUGGUGCUAGUGCUCUUUAUAAUAUUCGGUGUGAUGGGCAACAUCCUGGUCAUCCUCUCUGUGGUGUGCCAUCGCCACCUCCGUUCCGUGACACAUUAUUUUAUCGCCAAUCUGGCCAUUGCAGACCUGCUUCUGAGCUCUAUGGUUCUCCCGUUCUCCGCUGCAUCUGAAGCCUUGGACCGCUGGGUGUUCGGCCGUCCUUUAUGUAAUGCCUGGACCGCUCUUGACGUGCUGUGCUGCACGGCGUCCAUCCUCAGCCUCUGUGUGAUCUCUGUGGAUCGCUGCAUGGCUGUCAGUUACCCGCUGCGGUACCCUUCCUUGGCUACAGGUCGAAGGGCACUGGCUGCAGUGGUGGCUCUAUGGGCUUUUUCAGCAGCCAUCUCCGUCGGUCCACUGUUCGGAUGGAGGGAGCCCAUGCCGGAGGAUGAGUCGGUGUGUAGAGUGAAUGAAGAUCCAGGAUAUGCCAUCUUCUCAGCCGCAUGUUCAUUCUACGUGCCGUUGGCGGUGAUUUUGGCAAUGUACUGCAGGGUUUAUGUGGUGGCCCGCCAAAAGACUCGUUGUAUGAGAAAGGGCAGGCAGACGAAUGGGUUAAAUGAGCAUGCAGUGACCCUGCGGAUCCACUGCCGCAACGCCCAGCAGGCCACCAGGAAGGAGGAAGCAGUGCGUGCAAAGAACUCGCGCUUCGCCUUCAUCCGUCUGCUUAAGUUCUCACAGGAGAAGAAGGCGGCCAAGACUCUGGGGAUUGUGGUGGGAUGUUUCGUGCUCUGCUGGCUGCCUUUUUUCCUAGUGCUGCCCAUAAGCUCCAUUUUCCCAUCUCACAGACCCCCGGACACUGUCUUCAAAAUUACUUUCUGGCUGGGCUACUUCAACAGCUGCCUUAACCCCAUCAUCUACCCUUGCUUCAGUCAGGAGUUCAAGAAGGCCUUCCAGAACGUUCUCCGUGGCCACUGCCUCAGCAGAACGCACAGGAUCUGGAGCCCUCCGGCCUCUGCUCAAGACCCUAUGCAUGGCCCCAAAUCUGCUCUGUGUUUCCCAUCUACAUCUACUGACUCCCAGGAGCCUACUAAUGCAUCACUUGUCACUAAUAAGAACUUACAUACUGCACAUAGCAACAGUGCUCUGAAUGCACCUGAAACAUCUCUGACAAUGAAAGUUCAUCAGGUUUUCAUAUGCAAGAUGGACGGUGAGGCUGUAUGAAAUGCUUUUGAAAGAAUAAAAGACAGCUUUUCAAAGGAGUUUACAAAGCCACUGUGGAAUAGAACAAAAAUGACCAGGGAUCUGGUUAAUUCUCGUAUACAGGAGCACCACCUUGUGGCAACAUCUAUAAUAUGCAUCUGCACUUUUGUGAAGUUUAACUCAACUGUGAAGAUUCACAAUUUGGCUUUUAAAAAUUCAGCUUGGUAAUGAAAUGAUUGUGGACAGAGUUAUUUGACUUGUGCAAAUACAAAUACACUCUAAGAAAAGUCCAAUGUACUGUGUUAAUAUGAAGGAAUUUUCCGUACUGAGUUUUGCAUAUUUUGAAUUACGCACUACAUUGUAUUGUGUUUUAGAGUUGAAGGAAUUGUCUGUAAAAUUACAGAAAAUGUACUUGUAAUUUUCUGCCGGGAAAGUAUUAAUUUUUUUGCAGAUUUUUUUUUUUUCUUAGAGUGUUCAAUAGGGUCCAAAUCUGUGGAAAAGUAAAAUUAAAUAUAAAAAUAGAUGUUCACUAUUGAAUAUAUAUAUAUAUAUAUAUAUGUGUGUGUGUGUGUGUGUGUGUGUG